CCAAUCCCGCCUUCCGGCAGAGCCAAAAACUCCCUCAAAAAGGGAGAACCAAAAAAUCGCCGGCACAAAAUAGGAAAACAGAUUCAUCCCAGCCAAAAAAAAAAAAAAAACACAAAGAACCCAAACAUCGCCGGCGCCGGGGCCGGGAAGAAGGAAGAAGCUGCAAAAAAAAAAAAAUAAAGAGGAAGGAAAUGAAGCUAUGGAGGAAAGCCGCCGGUGCCGUGAAGGACCAGAACAGCAUCCUCCUAGCCAGCUUCCUGACCCCUCGGAGCUCUUCCCGGGACGGCAGCCUCGAGGCGGCGAUCAUCAAGGCCACCAGCCACGACGGCGACAGCGUCGACUACCGCCACGCGCGGCGCGUGUUCGAGUGGAUCAGGACGUCGCCGGUGAGCCUGAAGCCGCUGGUGUGGGGUCUCAGCGUGAGGAUGGAGAGGACGCAGAGCUGGGUCGUGGCUCUGAAAGGUCUCAUGUUGAUGCACGGCAUCUUCUGUUGCGACACGCCGGCGGUUCACCGGAUCGGAAGGUUGCCGUUCGAUCUGUCGAAUUUCGCCGACGGGCAUUCGAAUCCGACGAAGGUGUGGGGGUAUAAUACGUUCGUUAGGGCCUACUUCACGUUCUUGGAUCGGAGAUCCUCCCUCUUGUACCCCACUUGCAGCACAAACCACAAGUGCAGAAGGAUGUUGUCGUCAAAAAGAACGGCCGCCAUGACUACUCCUCCUCCGGCGGCCAACGACGAGGACAACCAUGAUGAUCACGAUGUGGUUACGAUCACAAAGCUGGAACUGUGGCAAGAGAUCCAGAAGCUGCAGAAGUGGCAGAAACUGCUGGACCUUCUCCUCCAAAUCAAGCCGCUGGCCGACAACAUGAAGCGAGACGCUCUGAUAAUGGAAGCCAUGGACUGCGUCAUCGCGGAGAUCUUCGACCUCUACGGCAACAUCUGCAGCGGGGUUUCACGGGUCCUGAUGGAGGUCCACUCGGCCGGAAAGGCAGAGUCCACCAUGGCACUUCGAGUGCUGCAGAAGGCCAGGGUUCAGGGCAAGAACAUGGUUCUCUACUUCGAGUUCUGCCGCGCAUUUGGAGUUUUCAGCGCCAUGGAGGUCCCCAAAGUGACUCCUAUCCCCGAGGAAGACAUCAAGGUGAAAUAUUGGUUUCGAUUUUUCGCUUUAAACAGAAAUCGAAUCGAUAAGCUGGAAGAGAUGGUGGCGAAGAAAGGAGGGGAUUACUACAAAGCUACUUCCGACGCCGGCGCCGGAUUUCCCCUUCACGAGAAGAGCUACAAAGCUGCAAUGGAAGAUGAUGAUGGUGAAGUGACGAAGAAGAAGAUGAUGAAUGUGAGCAUUACUGCUAGUGGGAGGUUGCAGACGGUGAUAACGGACGAAUGGGAGGUGUUUGAUGAUGAUAACGAUCAAGAUUCCGUCGGUAAUUACGGCGAUUUGUUGUCGUUAUGUGACGUUGGGUCGUCGCCGCCGACGAAUCCAUUUGAGAUGCCGGACGAUCAGCUGAUGGAUCUGCUAUCUACUCUGCCCACGCCAACUCAUGAACAAUAUCAGCUUUGUGUUUAUAAACAAGAUGAGCUACCUGAUUUGAUUAGUUUCUAA